AGCCGCAGCUCCGUGCGGGAAGCCUUGAGACGGCGGCACGCGCAUGCCCCCGCGCGCUCCCAGAGAGCUCGAGCAGCCGUCCCGAAAACGUCACGCUGGAAAUGUUAGAUAGGCGGCGGUUCCCAGCCGAGCCGCACGCUUUCCCCCGCGCGGCACCAUGAAGAGCGCGCGCUGCUGCUGGGGCUAUUGUACGACUCCUCGUGCUCGCUCGCGCUGUAAAUAGGAAGUAUUUGGAAGGGGAAAGACUGAGCUGGGGACUUAAAGAAGAGAAAACGGUGCCGCGCGCCGAGCCCUGGGAGCCUGAGGCUGAGCGCAGCGGAGAAGAUGGCCGGGAACUGCAGCAAUGUGGCGACGGGCUCCGGGGAGAUUAUCCAGCUGAACGUCGGUGGUACGCGGUUUAGUACGUCCAGGCAGACUCUCAUGUGGAUUCCAGACUCUUUCUUCUCAAGCUUGCUCAGUGGCCGGAUAUCAACUCUUCGGGACGAAACUGGAGCGAUUUUUAUUGACAGGGAUCCCACAGCAUUUGCGCCAAUCCUUAAUUUCCUUCGGACUAAAGAAUUAGACUUAAGAGGAGUAAACAUUAACAUUCUCCGACAUGAAGCAGAGUUCUAUGGAAUAACACCAUUAGUGAGGAGGCUGCUGUUGUGCGAGGAACUCGAGCGCUCGUCCUGCGGUAGCGUGCUUUUCCAUGGCUACCUCCCUCCUCCAGCCAUCCCGGCCCGCAAAGAGAGUUCGGCCCCCGUGGCAACCGCCCCCACCCAAGAGGAGCACCUGGGGCCUAGCGGGGCUGAGGGGGGCCUCCCUAGGGCCUGUCCUCACGCUGCCCUUCCUGGGCCGUCCGGUGCGGAAGCCCCCCAAAGGCUGGGAUCACCAGUAGAUCCCAGGAAGGUGCUGAUUGUUGCUGGUCAUCACAACUGGAUCGUUGCAGCCUAUGCACAUUUCGUCAUCUGUUACAGGAUUAAGGAGUCAUCAGGAUGGCAGCAAGUGUUUUCCAGCCCUUACCUUGACUGGGCCAUAGAACGCGUUGCUCUUAAUGCAAAGGUGGUCGGUGGUCCCCAUGGAGAUAAGGACAAGAUGGUUGCUGCAGCAUCAGGGAGCAGUAUUAUCCUGUGGAGCAUCCAGGAUGGAGGCAACGGAAAUGAGAUAGGUGUGUUCAGCCUGGGAGUGCCAGUGGACUCUCUCUUCUUCAUUGGGAGCCAGCUGGUGGCCACCAGCCACACUGGAAAGGUCGGGGUGUGGAAUGCAGUCACUCAACACUGGCAGGUGCAGGAUGUGGUCCCCAUCACGAGCUGCGACACAGCCGGCUCCUUCCUGCUGCUGGGUUGCAACAAUGGCUCCAUUUAUUACAUUGACAUGCAGAAGUUCCCCCUGAGAAUGAAGGACAACGAUCUUUUGGUGACAGAACUGUACCACGAUCCGUCCAAUGACGCCAUCACGGCACUCAGCGUGUAUCUCACACCUAAGACCAGUGUCAGUGGGAACUGGAUCGAGAUCGCCUAUGGCACCAGCUCCGGGGCGGUGCGGGUUAUCGUACAGCACCCAGAGACCGUGGGCUCAGGACCGCAGCUCUUUCAGACCUUCACUGUGCACCGCAGCCCCGUCACCAAGAUCAUGCUCUCCGAGAAGCACCUGGUCUCCGUGUGUGCAGACAACAACCACGUGCGCACCUGGACCGUGACCCGCUUCAGGGGCAUGAUCUCGACCCAGCCAGGCUCCACCCCCCUGGCCUCCUUCAAGAUCCUGUCCCUGGAGGAGGCCGAGAGCCAUGGCAGUUACUCCUCUGGCAACGACAUUGGCCCAUUUGGGGAGAGAGAUGACCAGCAGGUGUUCAUUCAGAAAGUCAUUCCAAUAACCAAUAAACUCUUUGUGCGCCUCUCUUCGACUGGAAAAAGGAUCUGCGAGGUGCAGGCGGUGGAUGGAACCACCAUCACCUGUUUCACCGUGCGGGAGUGUGAGGGCUCCAGCCGCAUGGGCUCCAGGCCACGCCGGUACCUCUUCACCGGCCACGGCAAUGGCAGCAUCCAGAUGUGGGACCUCACCACUGCCAUGGACAUGGUGAACAAGGCUGAGGACAAGGCCAAGCGGGAGCCUGAAGUGGGCGGUCCCACGGAGGAGGAGCUGCUGAAGCUACUGGACCAGUGUGACCUGAGCACGUCACGCUGUGCCACACCCAACAUCAGCCCUGCACCGUCUGUCCUGCAGCACAGCCGCCUGCGGGAGUCCUGCUCCAGUCUGCAGCUGCACGCAUACGAGCCCAUUCCGGAAAAUGCCACCUAUGGCUCGCUGCGUCCGUACAGGGAGAGCCCCCUGCUGGCUCGCGCACGUCGCACCGAGAGCUUCCACAGCUACCGUGACUUCCAGACCUUUGGCCUGAGCAGGGGCCUGCUGGAAGCUGGCUUAGGUGAGAGUGGCACCCAUGGGGGCGACAGGAGGGCUUCGGCCAUGGAGCUGUGGUCUAGCCGCUCUGCUGAAAGCCAACCCGAAUCACCUCGGCAGCCCCCCGACAGUCCCGGGGACGCCCGCAGGAAAACAACGUACGAGGAAGAGGUCCAGGACGGCCGACUCGAAGGCCGUAGGAAGGGGGCCUUUGAUGGGGGGUUCCUGAGCAGGAAGCGGGCCGUGCCCGUGCCGCAGCUGGCCUCUGUGCCAUCCAGUGCAGAUGGGGCGGGAAGCGAUUCGUCCAGCACCGCAUCCCCCUCCCCGACCAAAGUGUCCACCUCCCCCCGCCACAAGAAGGGUGCUGAACCACCCAACCAGGAGUACAACCUGUGAGUGAAGAACACCGCAUACAAAACAACACUGGGUAAAGGUCACACUGGGUCAAAAAGCACAUUGGUUACAACAGAAAGCAACAAGAUACAGCAUCCAUUGGUCAGUCAGUGCAGCUUACUCAGUUGUGCUGGUAAGGUUAUGGUUAUAACAUACUUUGAAACUGGUUAUUGUGCACAAUGGGACAACAAGAGCUUAAAUAUUCACAUAAAACCUUUGUCAGAGCUAAGCUCUUUGAAUGAUCACAAGCAGUCCAGCAAGCAAUGGGGCUUGCAUCCCAUACGCAGCCUGCCAUCUUUCUAAAGAUGCAGCAGUCGCAGCAGUACCCAUCCGUUGUGGGAAUGAGCACCUCACGUCAUAAAGGGAGUAACAGCUGUUUUUUGUGGCAGUACCCCUAGUCAUCUCUUUAUUCUGAUCUCCAAGCAUUUACAAUCCAGAAACUGGCAUUAAUCUAACCUUUAACUGGAAUCUUAAGUUUGAAAUGAGUCAAGUUCAUUAAUGUCUGCAGCUUAUUUUUUAAGAAGUGUUUCAAUGAACAGUGAAAGCUGGCAUUGUGUGUAACGGGGUGAGUCAAACUCAAGUGUAGCAUCAGUUAGUCUAAAAUCAGUUAAAUUAACAAAUGAAACUGAGUGUAACAUGCUUGGGAGUGACCACUUGUGAAAUGGAAACAUGUAGGCAUGUGGUGAUAAUUCUUUUACGCAUCAUUAUCACAUAACUAAAAAAGUUAGUCAGGGAAAAAGCCCAAAUGGUUCAGAAGGAACAGAAUUGAAAGCAGAACAAACUCAGUCACGAAACAGGACCACCAGCCUUCUGUUUCAAUCCAAUCUCCAGUCGUCAGUCUUGGCUUAUGAAGUGUCUCAGCUGAGGACUCAUGGCCUCACCUGGUACUCAUCUCACCUUAGUGAGGGGGUGUGGCCUGGCUGCUGUCCACCAUGCUGAGUUUCAGCUGCACAGUGGGCUCUGAUGGGAGGUGUCGCAUCUCAAAAUAUUAAAGGAACGUUAGUGCUCUGGGUUACCUGGUUGUUGACUGAAUGAGCAAAAGUUCAGGAGUAUGGUGUCGCACAAAUAAAUGGUGGCCCUGUGAGUGGGCCAACACUCACACUCCUCAUACAUCUCAUUCUCAGGUGCUACCGCGUAGACUAGUCAAAAUGGGAAAGCUUCUUUCCCAUCAACACUUAAUUCCAGAUCAUGAAGGGAGUCGCUUUUCCAGUUUGUUUUAAUAAUUUAAACAUGCAGUGCCUUUUUUUCUCAAAUGACACCAGUCAGCUCAUACAAAUGUGAUUGUUGUGUUAGUUACAGGAAGCAAUGAAACCAAAGCGAGUCGUAACGCUGCAUUCUACUAAACGUCUCAGUAGGUAGAGGAGGUGGUGUAGGGUUCGGUUUCUGAAGGUGAGAGGGAUAACAGAGGGGAAGAGUUUUUUCCCCCGUAAAUAAUGUUAUUGUUUUACAGUUUAAUUUUAAAGGAAUUUCAAAGGAACAUAUAGACAGAACAGUGUGACUUUAAUAUAUGCAUCAUGGUUGAACUUAAUUUUUCUCAUAUAUAUAUGCAGUUCUUGUGGCUAUGAUAUUUAUAUUUCAUUGUUCUCAAAUGUAUUUGCACUGUUACUAAGAGAAUUUACAGAAUAGUACUUACAAUUUUAAUGAAGAAAUAUUUACCCAUUUACUGCCGGGGUGUCCGUGUUGUUACUGGUUCCAGGAAAGCUCGUCUCUCCUGUUGUCUUGCCGUUCACAAACUCUGGCUAUGUUUACAAUGUCAGUCCAGUCAGAAUAAAAUAGCUUGUACAUAAAAUAUGUAUUUACGUUGCGUAUAAAUUUUUGUACAGCACCUGUAUAAAGGACAAUUUAAUAUACAUUUAUGUUGCUCACUGUUACACUAAAAAAUAGAUGGAUAAGGAGACAGUGAGUUGUGUUUAGGACUGAGGAACACAGAAGAUUUACGGAAAGUAUUCGCACAACACAAAAUACAUUACCUUAGAACACUAAUGUGACACUAAUUAGAUUAUAAUGGUAGUUAGAGCUUUGCAUGCUUCUUUCCGUGUAAUUUAUAUCGUAGAAGCCGACUCAAUUUCUGUGGUGGUGCUGAGUGAAAACUGCCAUUCAAAAACGGAAAAUGCAGCAGCACAAAAGCAGAAGUCCUGGAUCAGGGGCUUGAGGCAUCAUGGGCCGAGGCUGUAGAUCCCCACACAAAACGUACAAAAUCUCUGGUGUUGCACAACGUCUCAUAUUGUGGAUGUUCUUGUCAGAGGAACUGUGUGUUUGUCAUAAAGACACAUGAACUCCUGUCCUGCACGUGGAAGCAAUGAUGGGGCAUAGCCCUACUGUGUCGGUUUGAAGACGCUGCCCAGCUACAGCAAGGACUACUCCAGAAGCUUCUCACUAGGCAGGGGGACAAUGGUCAAGCAGCUGAUGGGAUGAGAAACCAUACUUGCCUGAUAAUACUCUGUUUUGUUUGCUAUUUUAUGUUAAAAAUGAAUGGUUUAACUGACAACUGCUGCAAUGCGUAGCUGCAAACCAAUAGAAAUGUCCUGCUUGACAUUACGGUACUUCACUAGUCGUUCAGAUGCUAAGGAUGAUGUGUUUACAGUGUUUGAAAGAACUGAAUGGAAAAGCGGUAGGUUCAGAAUGUAAGCUUGCGUUCCAUCUGAAGGCCAGACUAGCUGAACUGUGCUGUGAAACUGACUUGCAUUAAACUGUAUACAGUAGAGCAGUAACAAAAGUAAAUAGUUACAUUUCAGCGACUCCCUUUUGUAACCCUACUGAUCAUCAGAGCAAUGCAGAACAUAGACUGCAUGGAACAUGUUAAGGGAUCCUUCAUGCUGGAACCCUGUAAAGUGUGUUUAAUAUUACGGUACACUUCCCAGAUGAACCUGGUCCCUGGACUUGCCUUGCAAACUAAUGGCUCUGUCAUUAACCCUUCUGCUGAUCAAGUAAAACUAUUAACCUGGAAAAUA